CAUUGAUUCUUGUUGCCAUGGACACGGCUUUUGUUCUGGGGGUUAAGUAGCAACGAACAGGAGGGAUAAGUUUCAAGAUGACGCCCCUCUCCUGCGGAUGAGUUGUUUCCCGCAUCGGCUGCCAGCUCCAGUUGCGUCUCCAGCUGGUUGCGUCCCAGAUCCACCUGGAGCACAUUUACGCGCGUCCGGUGAAACAUGCCGGUGAGCGCACGGAGGAAAGCGGCUCUGCCUCCGACCAAAACAGUCACCGUCUACAGGAACGGAGACGCCUUCUAUCCCGGGAGACAGGUGGUGUUGAACCCCCGGCAGGUGUCGACCUUCGACAACCUUCUGAGCACCUUGACCCGGCACCUGGAGGCUCCGUUCGGCGUCAGGAGGCUGUACACGCCCGCGCAGGGCCACCGGGUGCGGAGCCUGGACCAGCUGAAGCAUCGGAGCGCGUACGUUGCAGCGGGGAACGAGCCGUUCAAGCUGCUGGAUUAUUCUGGCAUAGCCACCAUGAAGGCACGGAAAAGCAGAAAUAAACUGAUCCAGCCGAUGGCUCGCUCCAGAAUAGUUGCUUCAGCUCGCUGGAAGAAAAUCACAGAUGGAACCUGCACAAUAAAUGUCUUUACCAACGGCGAGCUUCUGGUUCCUCCAGCUCGGGUCCGGAUCCCAAAGCACACUCUUAAAAGCUGGGAGAACGUGUUGUCCAUGGUGACGCAUAAAGUGGAUCUCCGCACUGGGGCUGUUUUCAAGCUUUGCAAGUUAGAUGGGCAGCCUGUCUGUGGACCUUCUGAACUGGAGAACCAUCAACAUUAUGUUGCAGUUGGUGCGGAGAAGUUCAAACAUCUCCCGUAUGAUGAGUGGGUUCCCUGCAGGAAUUUGAUCAAGAAGAAAAAUGCAACUCAAGGCCAAGCUCUCCCGCCUGCUGCUAGAAACAAAAGACUGGAAAACAAUACGGUAUGCGUUCGAGAGGACCUUGAGCUCGCAGUCGGGGGCCAGAUGAAGGAACAUGCAGCCAAGACGGAGCGAGUCGAGCAGCAGAGGCAGGUGUCCAGAAUCCCAGCGCUCCUCACCGCAGGAGCCGGCAGCAUUUUCAAUGCAACACGCAAAAGAAGUGAGGUGGAGGGAGCGGCGGAGGUGCACGAAGACCCGGAGCUGAAGGCGGACCUGCCCAUUGAUCAGGUCGAAGCCAAGGAAGUUGAAGAAGAGCUUGAAACAAACAGGAAGGGCUUCCUCCAGGAUUCCGACGCCACGUGUCUGCCCAACCCUUCGGCUGCAGGUCCCAGGAAAGAUGACGGGCAGGAAGAGAAGGAGGCGACGCGUCGCUUCGCCAGGAUACGGUCACGGAUGUCCCGCUUUUUCAAGGGAUUAAUGAAAUUCUGACGCUUUUUUCUUCGGUCAAUGCAUUUUCAGUUCAAAAAGAGCUGCAAACACGUCGCAGGACUGCUAAAAUCCCGCCGUCCUUGUUCUCAUCCGUCUCCGGAGGCCAGCUUCUCAUCGAUGAGACAAAACAGCGCUGUGAACCAAAUAAAAACGUCUUGCCUCUUGACA